CAGCACUUUCAUGGGCAACAAAUAACAACUUCUUGCUGCUACAAAUUUUCUUCUCCUCCUCUAUCUCCUUAGAUCUUCCCUUUCUAGGGGUUGCUUUUAACCCUAAAUUCCAGCCCAAUCCCUCCUGUUUAUCCUCCUCCGUAACCAACUGGCAAUCUCUUUCAGAGUGCCCCAUGAUACCACAAGCAAAACAGAAGAAAGGUAGUCGUUCAUACGCAAAAUCAAUUUGAAUCAUCCUGCCUUGUUUAUCCUUUAUCCAUCUAAAUCUCCUAAGAGGUUUGGUAACAUCAAGCAUUACACACACCCUUCGAUAACGCCCAAUCCCCAACAUAUCAGCCUCUAUUUCAAUAAUGUCGCCCAUAUUUCCAAUCAAAGUACGUAAAAUAUCAUCGGAUCGAUAACUAAAGGGAAGGUUUUUUAUACGUACCCAAAACGGAGAACGGUUGAUAAUUACUCGAUCAGGUUGCUCCUCUCCAUCAGCUUCCUUCAAAAGAAUUAACAUAUUGUCGAAGCACCAUGGUCGACCAUCCAUGACCUUCUUGAGAUCCUUCCAAUGAAAAAAUUGGAAGGCAUAUAAAUUAGGGCUUAACACCCUAAUCACCAGAUCAUGAGAGGGAGCCCAUACAGUUGUGAUAGUACGUUUGAAAGCUUCGAUGUUGUAUGAUCUUUCAGUCAAUAUGCGCCCUAAAAGAAGUAGGGCAAGUUUAUCGUCAUUAGUAUUAGGGUUGAGAACUUCAAAAUCCAAAAUCGUCUCUUCUUCAUCAUCUAGUCGCAGUUUCGAACAGAUUUGUGUGAUUUCCUCGGUCAUUGCCAAGGAAUUGAUGCCUCUCUUGGCUUAUAUAAUAGAGAUUAAUUAACGCAAAACCCAAAAUACCAGGAACUACUUACUACUGUUCAUAUAAAUACAACGCAAACAAACCCCAAUUUCAGAAUUUUAAGAUUUACUAGAGAGAGAAAAGAGCGAGCAAGAAUUAGCGUGUUAGAGAGAGAAACAAACAAGUUGAUGAUUCUUUCUUUCUUCUUCAAAGAAAUCUGAGAAUUGAAGAAAGAAAUGACAAUGAGUGGAUCAAUGGAUGUUUCUGCUAAAGAAGGUGAAGUUUCUGACAAGGGUAGUAACAACAAUUUAAGAGAGCUUAUGAAUGAAUUGUACAAUCUAAUUUUGGAGAUCAUUGCUGCUGCUGAUGAAGUUAAUAGCGGGGGUGAUAAUAAUGAAGCAAUUCUGGGUAAAAUUCUUAAAGCAUUUCAAGCAUUAAGUGCAUUGGGAGUGUUAUUGAAGAAGCAAAAACAUGUUGAUGAUUUCGUUUUUCCUGAUGAAUUUUGUUGCCCAAUUUCUAUGGAACUUAUCAAAGACCCUGUUGUUCUGUCUACUGGUGUGACUUAUGAUCGGCCAUAUAUUGAGAAAUGGCUUAAAGAUGGGAAUCGAAUUUGUCCUCAGACCCAACAGGUGCUUUCUAAUUUUGAGCUCUUCCCAAACCAUUUAAUCCGUGAGCUGAUAAAACAAUGGUGCAUGAGUCGUGGAUAUGAAGUCCCUUCACCAGUUCAGGAUAUCAAGGUUGGAUCAUUAACUGAUGCUGAUCGAAAGCAUAUAAGUUCUCUGUUGCAGAAGCUGUCUUCAAGUCUUUCUGAUCAAAAGGAAGCUGCAAAAGAGAUCCGAAAGUUGACCAAGCAAUUGCCAUCUUCUUGCUCCUUCUUUGGGGAGUCCAUCGGUGCCAUGCUACAGUUGUUGAGCCCUCUCACAUCUCCAAAAACCUGUGAGGAACACCCGGAUCUUCAUGAGGAUCUUAUAACAGCUGUAUUGAAUAUUUCUAUACCUGAUGACAACAAGCAGGCUAUUGUUAAAUGUGCAAGUGUUAUUCCUUUACUCAUUGAAUCCUUGAAACUUGGGACCAUGGAAACAAGAACCAAUGCUGCUGCUGCUCUAUUUUCUUUGUCAGCACUUGAUGAUAACAAAGUUGCUAUUGGACAACUAGGUGCUUUGAAGCCUUUGCUUGACCUACUGGAACAAGGAGAUCGAUCAGCCAUGAAAGAUGCGGCUUCUGCAAUCUAUAACCUGUGUAGACAGAGGGAGAACAGGGGCCCUGCUGUUAAAGAUGGAGCUCUAAAAGUGAUAAUAGGAAAGAUCAAAGAGCGUGUGUAUGUCUCUGAGAUGCUGGCAAUCCUUGCUCUUCUGUCAGCCAGUCGUACAGCUAUCGAUGAGCUUGAGAAGCUCAAUUCAUUGGACUGCUUGCUAAGUAUAAUAAGGGAAAGUGAUUCUGAGACUGACAAGGAAAACUGCACUGUGGUUUUGCAUGACUUCUGCAACUAUAGUCGUUAUGCACGGAAGGAUAUUCGGGAAUAAAAAGUAAAUGGAACAAUUCUGAAGAUGGCAGAGACUGGAACUUCAAGGGCAAAAAGGAAGGCUAAUGCUAUUUUGGAUAGGGUGAGGCCGAGCAAGCACAUUAGCUACACCCGUACUAAUUGAAGAUUUACGACAAGUUUCCCAAGAGAGUUCAUGUACAUAUUGCUUCCUUGGUCGGUUGCUGUAUACAAAUCAGUCAGUUCUGUUACCUGUAAAAUCAAAACUACAUACUAUACUUUGGGGUUAAAAUGGGGGUAAGUUCGUUCUGCUCUCAAUACUUUUAGCAAUGUACAGUGCUGCUACAAGUUUUGGUCUCCAUUCAUUUUGAAUAAGAAUGGUAUAUCUGUGAUCAGAAGUGUAAAAAAUUAGAUCAUUUUUGGUAAUCAAUUGAAAUAACUCUUCUUUUUGGUCCUUAAA